GGCUCAUCGGCUUUACCGUAAUGUACACACCACAACGCUGGAGAACGACAGUGAUAUUACUUUCAGUCGUCUAACGCGUGUGACGCUUCUCUUCGUCAAAGAUGUCUAAACCCAAGUUAAUAGUGUUCGACCUCGAUUACACUCUCUGGCCGUUUUGGGUGGAUACACACGUCCGUCCGCCCUUUCACAAAGAUGACAGUGGCACUGUGCGAGAUUCAAGACUUGAUCGAGUUUCUAUUUACCACGAUACAGAAGAGAUCCUGCGCUCACUCCACAGUCAGGGCUUCAAGAUUGGCAUUGCAUCACGCACCAGCGAAAGGGAGGGAGCCAAUCAGCUACUGUCACUUUAUAAUCUCAACCAAUACAUUUCCUUCAAAGAGAUCUACCCCGGGUCAAAGGUCACUCACUUUAAAAGGCUUAAAGCUGACAGUGGAGUCCAGUUUUCUGACAUGAUGUUUUUUGAUGAUGAGGACAGGAACAUCGUGGAGGUUGGAGGUCUGGGUGUUCACUGUGCGUUGGUUCAUAAUGCCAUCACCUCUAAAUUAGUCCAAAGUGAACUCGAGAAGUUCAGCAGAAAGAAAUGACAUCCAUCUGUUCCCCUGGAGAAAGAAUAUAUUUAUUCAGAGUGAAUUUGUUUUUAUCUGGUUUUACAGUUGUAAGUAGGGAUGCACCGAUAUGGAAAUUUUGGCCGAUAACAAAAACCGAUAAUUCUUUAACCUUGGAAGCCGAUAACCGAUAUAUUGGCCGAUAUACAGUAUCUAAAUAUUACUAUACAAUUCCUAUGACUGAGACAAAAGGCAAAAAGUGGACAACUGCUUUUGUUUAAAACAAGGUAACCAUUAGUCUCUUUUUUCCCCUGAAAAGCAUGUACCAAGCCUACUUUACACUAGUUAACGAUUCUUUAACCUUCAAACUUUUCUGGUAUAUUUUUUAUUUAAUAAACAAAUUCUAGAUGUUCUUCCAGAGCAACCAAGAAAAAUGUUCUUACUAGCCACAAACAGGUCUCAAGACUGAAAGCAUUCAGACAGCAAUCUGAUUCAAACAAUAUGCUUUUGUUCGUAUAAUUUACAUGUACAAUGUUUUGCUAAUAGCAGUAAGUGAAUUAUGACAGAAAGACAGCACUGUAUUUUAACUGUAAGCAGCGUGCAUCUGAAGAAGUUUAACCCGAGCAAAUGAUUUAUGAUUUAUCGGCUAUAAUAUAUCGGCCUUAAUUUUAUUAUCGAUAAAUCGAUACUGAUAUGAACGAUCAUUUAUUGUGCAUCACUAGUUGUAAGUGUAACUUUUAACUGUACAGCACAUGAUCAGUGUGUUUAAAUGAUUACUAUAUUUGACUUUUAUAAAUUGUACUACACAGAGAAUAUAUGGAAAAUAAAUGGAUUUUCUACA